UUGGUGUCACACCAUGAAGAUGGAAGUGUCCCAGGUCAUCAUCUCUCUCCCCUUCCUGGUCCUGCUCACCACAGCCAGUGGGGGUAACGUGAGGCUGCUGAAUGGAGGCAGCCCCUGUGCUGGGAGAGUGGAGGUUCUUCAUGCAGGAGAGUGGGGCACAGUGUGUGAUGAUGACUGGGAUAUGGAGGAUGUUGCAGUGGUGUGUAGAGAGAUGCUAUGUGGAGGAGCAGCACAAAAACAAGAUGGCAGUCACUUUGGAGCAGGAAAAGGGGAAAUAUGGAUGGAUGAGGUAUCCUGUACAGGGUCAGAGUCGACACUGAUGGACUGUACACAUGAAGGAUGGGGAGUUAAUGACUGUGAUCAUGCUGAGGAUGCUGGAGUCGUCUGCUCAGGUUAGACACAGAGAGUUAAGAAACUGGCACAAGGUCCACACCUGUGCUCCGGGAGAGUAGAGAUGAAGCAUGGAGAUACCUGGGGCACAGUGUGUGAUGCUGACUUUGACCUGCAGGAUGCAGAGGUUGUGUGUCGGCAGCUGGGCUGUGGGAUCCCUGUGGAGGUGCUGGGGGGGGCUGCAUUUGGGAAGGGGGGCAGAAAUAUGUGGGCAGAGGAGAUCCAGUGCAGAGGACAUGAAUCACAUAUUUACUUCUGCCCAAAAUCACCCACAAAGAAGCAGAGCUGCUCAGAAGAAAAUGCAGCAGGACUGGUGUGUUCUGGGUACACAGACUCCAGGCUGGUGGGCGGCCCUGACUCCUGCUCCGGGAGGGUGGAGCUGCAGUACCUCAGUGAGUGGGGGACAGUGUGUGAUGCAUCCUGGGAUAUGAGAGCAGCCAGUGUCCUCUGUCGGCAGCUGCAGUGUGGGGGCGCUGUGGCAGUGCCAGGACAUGCCUGGUUUGGAGAGGGGAGGGGCCGCAUCUGGGCUGAUGUGUUUGAGUGCCAGGGGAAUGAGACACACCUCUCCCAGUGUGCUGUGUCCUCAUGGAGUCGAGCUGCAUGCUCUCAUGGACGGGAUGCAGGAGUCAUCUGUCGGGGGUCUAAAUCUCUCUCAGCCCUCGAUGGGACAGUACGACUGUCUGGAGAGAGUGGCUGUGAGGGUCAGGUGGAGGUUUACUACCAGCCGACCUGGAGCAGAGUUCUCAUGGACUCCUGGAGCUUCAGGGAGGCCUCUGUGGUCUGCAGGCAGCUGGGCUGUGGCUCUGCAGUGAGGCUGUACAGCUCCUCCCUGUCUGGGACAGGGGACAGUGAUGUGUGUCUGACAGGGUAUCAGUGCACUGGGAGUGAGUCUCACCUGGUGAACUGCAGUGAUCCACACAGACUCAGCUGCAGCUCCAGUGCACAGGUGUCCAUGGUGUGUUCCAGUGAGUAGCACAGAUCCCUCAGGCUGGUGGGUGAUGCUGGGGGCUGUGCAGGGAGGCUGGAGGUGCUCCACCAGGGCUCCUGGGGGACAGUGUGUGGAGACUCCUGGGACCUGAAGGAUGCUGAGGUGGUAUGCAGACAGCUCCAGUGUGGGACGCCUCUCCGUGACCCAGUGCCCACCUUCUUUGGACCAGGAACUGGACCCAUCUGGCUGGAUGAGGUGGACUGUGAGGGGAAUGAGACGUCUCUGUGGGACUGUCCUUCAGCACCGAGGGGACAGAAUGAUUGUGGACAAAAUGCAGAUGUUGCUGUGUUGUGUUCAGAAUUUAAAGAUAUCAGACUGGCAGGAGGCUGCUCUGGACAAUUAGAGGUUUUCUACAAUAACACUUGGGGAAAUGUUUGCUACAAUAAAAUGGAUACAAGCACAGCUAGUCUCAUAUGCCAGCAUCUCAGCUGUGGAAAGAGCGGCACUGUUUCGAAAAGCAGGUCUCGGCUGGAAGGGGCCCCACACUGGCUUGACGAGCUCCAGUGUCGCCCCCAUGACUCCACACUGUGGCAGUGUCCAUCUGCUCCCUGGGGAGGGAAUGUGUGCCAUGAUGGGGAAGUGGCUGAAAUCACCUGUGAUGUUUCAGACAGUGAUGGUGUGAGGCUGGUGAACGGAAGCAGUCCCUGUGCUGGGAGGGUGGAGGUUCUUUAUCAACGACAGUGGGGCACAGUGUGUGGUGAUGGCUGGGAUAAGAUUGAUGCUACAGUGGUGUGUAGAGAGCUACUCUGUGGGGAGGCUGCAAUGGUACAACAGUAUGGUGACUUUGGGCCUGGAACGGGGUCCAUCUGGAUGGAUGAGGUGUCCUGUGUUGGAUCAGAGUCAACGCUGAAAGAGUGUAGAUCAGAAGGCUGGGGCAAACAUAACUGUGCUCAUGAACAUGAUGCUGGAGUCAUCUGCACAGGUCACCGUGGAGUCAGGCUGGUACAAGGUCCACACCUGUGCUCCGGGAGAGUGGAGAUGCAGCAGAUUGAUACCUGGGGCACAGUGUGUGAUGCUGACUUUGACCUGCAGGAUGCUGAGGUUGUGUGUCGGGAGCUGGGCUGUGGGAUCCCUGUGGAGGUGCUGGGGGGGGCUGCGUUUGGGAAGGGGGACAGCGAGCAAAUGUGGAGUGAGGAGAUCCAGUGUAGAGGAAACGAAACCAGUAUUUCCUACUGCCUGAAUCCACCUUCAAAGAAGCAGAAUUGCUCACAUGAAAAUGCAGUGGCACUGGUGUGUUCUGCGUACAGAGACUCCAGGCUGGUGGGCGGCCCUGACUCCUGCUCCGGGAGGGUGGAGCUGCAGUACCUCAGUGAGUGGGGGACAGUGUGUGAUGCAUCCUGGGAUAUGAGAGCAGCCAGUGUCCUCUGUCGGCAGCUGCAGUGUGGGAGCGCUGUGGCAGUGCUAGGACAGGCCUGGUUUGGAGAGGGGAGGGGCCGCAUCUGGGCUGAUGUGUUUGAGUGCCGGGGGAAUGAGACACACCUCUCCCAGUGUGCUGUGUCCUCAUGGAGUCGAGCUGCAUGCUCUCAUGGACGGGAUGCAGGACUCAUCUGUCAUGGGUCUAAAUCUCUCUCAACCCUCAAUGGGACAGUACGACUGUCUGGAGAGAGUGGCUGUGAGGGUCAGGUGGAGGUUUACUACCAGCUGACCUGGAGCAGAGUUCUCAUGGACUCCUGGAGCUUCAGGGAGGCCUCUGUGGUCUGCAGGCAGCUGGGCUGUGGCUCUGCAGUGAGGCUGUACGGUUCCUCCCUGUCUGGGACAGGGGACAGUGAUGUGUGUCUGACAGGGUAUCAGUGCACUGGGAGUGAGUCUCACCUGGUGAACUGCAGUGAUCCACACAGACUCAGCUGCAGCUCCAGUGCACAGGUGUCCAUGGUGUGUUCCAAGCACAGAUCCCUCAGGCUGGUGGGUGAUGCUGGGGGCUGUGCAGGGAGGCUGGAGGUGCUCCACCAGGGCUCCUGGGGGACAGUGUGUGGAGACUCCUGGGACCUGAAGGAUGCUGAGGUGGUCUGCAGACAGCUCCAGUGUGGGAUGGCUCUCAAUGACCCAGUGCCCACCUUCUUUGGACCAGGAACUGGACCCAUCUGGCUGGAUGAGGUGGGCUGUGAGGGGAAUGAGACGUCUCUGUGGGACUGUCCUUCAGCACCGAGGGGACAGAAUGAUUGUCAGCACACGGAAGAUGUGGGGGUUGUGUGUUCAGAGUUCAUGGAGAUUAAACUGGCCAAAGGCUGCUCUGGACAAUUAGAGGUUUUCUACAAUAACACUUGGGGAAAUGUUUGCUACAAUAAAAUGGAUACAAGCACAGCUAGUCUCAUAUGCCAGCAUCUCAGCUGUGGAAAGAGUGGCAGUGUUCAGAGUACAUGGUCUCGGCUGGAAGGGGCCCCACACUGGAUUGACGAGCUCCAGUGUCGCCCCCAUGACUCCACACUGUAUCAGUGUCCGUCGGCUCCCUGGGGGGAGAAUAAAUGUGAUUAUGAUGAAGUGGCUGAAAUCACAUCCAGGAAUUAUGUUCACAGCUUGGAUUUUAAUGUAUUUAUCUUCCCCAUAGGCCAUGUCCCUGUGAGACUGCAGGGCGGCAGUAGCGAGUGCUCAGGGAGGGUGGAGUUGUGGCAUGACGACUCCUGGGGGACGGUCUGUGACGACUCCUGGGACCUGAGAGACGCCCAGGUGGUCUGCAGACAGCUGGGCUGUGGGACAGCACUGGAGGCUCAUGGGAACUCUGCCUUUGGACGAGGAAAUGGCACCAUUUGGCUGAAUGAGGUGAACUGCAGGGGUGGUGAGCUCCACCUGUGGGACUGUCCUCACUCUCUUCAGGAGCAGAGGAGCUGCAGCCACAAGGAGGAUGCUGGUGUUACCUGUGCAGGUGGAAACUUACAUCAUAAAUUCUCAGUUAAAAGCUAA